UAACCGCCGGCUCUGCUCUUUUUCCAGGUGGCCCGUUGGCUGCUGAAGCCCCCGCCGCGCCUGCAGAGAGACAUGCGUCUCGCCCACGCCCAGGGUCCACGACCAUGACCCUCCACACCAAAGCGCCGCCGGGCAUGGCUCUGAUGCACCAGAUCACAGGCAACGAGCUGGAGUCCCUGAACCGGCCGCAGCUCAAGAUCCCCCUGGAGCGGCCCCUGGGCGACAUGUACGUGGACAGCAGCAAGCCCUCCAUGUACAACUACCCCGAGGGCGCCGCGUACGACUUCAACGCCGCCGCGGCUGCCUCCGCACCCGGCUACGGCCACGCCGGCCUGGGCUAUGGCCCGGGGGCCGAGGCUGCGGCGUUCGGAGGCCCCCCCAGCGGCAUCGGGGGCUUCCCGCCACUCUCCAGCGUGUCGCCGAGCCCGCUCAUGCUGCUGCACCCGCCGCCACAGCUUUCGCCCUUCCUGCACCAACAUGGCCAGCAGGUGCCCUACUACCUGGACAAUGAGCAGAGUGGCUACGCGGGGCGCGAACCCGGGACACCCGCCUACUACAGGCCAAAUUCAGAUAACCGGCGCCAGGGUGGCAGAGAGAGAUUGGCUAGUGCUGGUGACAAGGGGAGCAUGGCCAUGGAAUCUGCAAAGGAGACUCGCUACUGUGCCGUGUGCAAUGACUAUGCAUCAGGCUACCAUUAUGGAGUCUGGUCCUGUGAAGGCUGUAAGGCCUUCUUCAAGAGAAGUAUUCAAGGGCACAACGACUACAUGUGUCCGGCCACCAACCAGUGCACGAUUGACAAGAACAGGAGGAAAAGCUGCCAGGCCUGCCGGCUCCGCAAGUGCUAUGAAGUUGGCAUGAUGAAAGGUGGGAUUCGGAAAGACCGAAGAGGAGGGAGAAUGUUGAAACACAAACGCCAGAGAGAAGACGGGGAAGGCCGGAGUGAAGCUGGACCUUCUGGAGACAUGAGAACUGCCAACAUUUGGCCAAGCCCCCUCUUGAUUAAGCACAGCAAGAAGAACAGUCCAGCCUUGUCCUUGACGGCCGAACAGAUGGUCAGUGCCUUGUUGGAGGCAGAGCCUCCCAUCAUCUAUUCCGAGUACGAUCCUACCCGACCCUUGAGUGAGGCGUCUAUGAUGGGCUUGCUGACCAACCUGGCGGACAGGGAGCUGGUUCACAUGAUCAACUGGGCUAAGAGGGUGCCAGGCUUUGUGGAUUUGACCCUCCAUGAUCAGGUCCACCUUCUGGAAUGUGCCUGGCUAGAGAUUCUGAUGAUCGGUCUCGUGUGGCGCUCAAUGGAACACCCGGGAAAACUCCUGUUUGCUCCUAACUUGCUACUGGACAGAAACCAGGGGAAAUGUGUGGAGGGCAUGGUAGAGAUCUUUGACAUGCUGCUGGCGACGUCGUCUCGGUUCCGCAUGAUGAACCUCCAGGGAGAGGAGUUUGUGUGCCUCAAAUCCAUCAUUUUGCUAAAUUCUGGGAUAUACACAUUUCUGUCCAGCACGCUGAAGUCUCUGGAAGAGAAGGACCACAUCCACCGUGUGCUGGACAAGAUCACGGACACGCUGAUCCAUCUGAUGGCCAAAGCCGGGCUCAGCCAGCAGCAGCAGCACCGACGCCUGGCCCAGCUCCUCCUCAUCCUCUCUCACAUCAGGCACAUGAGUAAUAAAGGCAUGGAACAUCUCUACAGCAUGAAAUGCAAGAACGUGGUGCCCCUCUACGACCUGCUGCUGGAGAUGCUGGACGCUCACCGGCUCCAUUCGCCAGCCAAUCGUGACGGCAUCCCUAUGGAGGAGACCAAUCAGAAUCAGCUGGCCACCAUGGGCUCCACUUCGGCGCAUUCCCUGCCAAUGUAUUACAUCACCGGGGAAGGGGAGGGUUUGCCCAACACCAUGUGA